ACUGUCACGUGACAAUGUUUGUAAACGAAGCCAGCUGAUACUGUUGUCAAGAAAUCGAAAUUUCUCCAGGUGAAGGGUUUUUGCAGAGCAGCCAUGCCGGUCGAGGUGGAACAAGAGGAUCUGAGAUAUGUCCCCGAUACACAAAAGAGUUCCAAAAGUCCAGGUGUUAAUUCCCUCGACAAAUGUCUCAUCGAUGCAUCAGAGUGUGGGAACAUAGAGCAGGUGGAGCGCUUGUUGCAGUCUGGUGCCGAAGUAUCGUACUUCCUCAUUUCGAACAACAACAGCAACAUCAUUUACCGCAGCUCUGCUCUGAGUGCAGCGGCUCGUAGUGGCCAUUUUGAAAUUGCUGUGAUGUUGUUGAACUACGAAGGGUGGUGCAGUAGAAGAAGAGGAAGAGAAGAGAACCCGUUCUAUUGGUCGAUUUUGGCGGAGACGUUGUGGAAUAGGAGUAAAGACACUGACAGGGACCCCCUUGUCAACGAUGAUGGUGAACUGUUAGCGUUGUCGGACGAAAGUUAUCACGACCAGGUAUGGCUCCUGUCUAACAUGGAUGUGAUGAAGUAUCUCAUUCACGCUGGAGCGGAUGUCGACAGAAAAUUCCAGAAUGGAUUCACUCCCCUGAUGAUGGCUGUCAAUGAUGGUCUGGAAGAAGUGGUCGGGUUCCUUUUGGAAGCGGGUGCAAACCCAAACAUUUCUACGACCAACAAUCUUACUGCUCUGAUCCUAGCGACCCGCUGUCAAUCAGUAAACAUUUUACAACUAUUGCUAAAGAAUGGUGCCAACCCCAAUGAACCAGACCCGGACCUAAAUGGUCACGUGAUCUCCUACCCUCUAUUCUGGGCCAUCAGCCGAGGUCACCUCCAGCACAUCAGGCUCCUCCUACAGCACGGAGCGGUGCCCAGCCCUGCCCCUGAGUACGUCCUCUACACCUGGGACUUGGUGCAACUCACAGACCUUCACAGCUACCUCCGCAGACUUUCUCCCCUCCACAUGGCUCUGUAUCGGAACAAGCCACACAUGGCACAGUUUUUUUGUGAAGUCGGGUACCUGGUGACCAGCGACGUUUCUGUGUUAGGACGUAGUGACAGAAGCAUCUGGAAUGUUCUGGAAAACAGUGAGGACUCUGAUUCUGACAAUAAGGAAUGUAUUGAUUUUCUACAGGAAUUCUCGAGCAACUGUUUGCCUCUGGUAACUUUGACGUUUUCUCUCAUCUCCAAUAGAAUCGGGUUUAGGGAGGACCGAGAGCAGAGGCUGCUUUCUCUGAGGCUUCCUCCUGCUAUGGAGAAGAGGUUCAUGUUUCGCUCUGCAAUUCCGUCCUUGUGAUUGUGACCGUCAUUGUGAUUGUGAGACAGAGAAAAUGUUUAAGUUUUGCUUUACACCUUUAGCCAUGUGAAAUACCUCACUUUCUCCCAUGUUGAUAGUAGCCUGUGUCAAGAUGCAGUAGAAUCAGGUGCCUGUCAUUUUUUGGGCAUCUGGAGUUAUUGCUAUAAUCUUAAAGCUUGUUCAUUUGGCUUGCUUUUGAUGAAAAAAGCUACCCAUCUAACUUGAAUCUGUCCUCAGAGAAAUUCGCGGGUUGCGCAUGCAACUUUUGGCCUCGGCGCAACUUCUGCCAUUUUCGUGAAUUCGCGAAUUUUAGGCAAUUUUCUGCAAGAGUUGGAAAAAUAAUAAUUUAAUUUAGGUAAAAAUAACCGAAAUUUUCUUCUACAACUAAAA